GGCGACCGGCCACUACGGGAUGUCGUAAAAAACAAUGCAACCACCUACUGUUGUUAGUUCAUCGUCGUCUUCACCUAGUGAGGCAGGCACCGGCGGUAAUGAAACCGGCGGGCAGUGCAGAUCUUCGCGUUCUUCUAUCCCACCUCUCGGCCAACCGGCUGUCGGAGGUUAUGCUAGUGGAUCUGGACAUAGCUCGGCAGGUAAACGACCUAGGUCCCCACCACCCUCUGCACAGACACGCAAAGAAUGUACUUCCUCUGCCGGGAGAAAGAAGAAGAGUGACCUUGGAGCAGAGGCAUUGGUUGAGAUGGUAAAGAUCGGGAAGCAAAAGCUCGAGAUUGCACGAGAAAUGAUAAAUAUAGCGAAGGGUAGUCAAUCGACAAUUCCACCAAUUGACGUUUGUAUGAGCAGAGUUUUUAAUCUAGUGCGCCGAACGGAUAUACGUGCCAUUGCGGUUGGGAUGUCAUUGCGGGCUGAGUCGGAUAGACAACUUUUUAUGACGCUGAAUGAUGAGCUUGCACUUGUGUGAAUUGAUCUCCAAGUUGGCGUGCAUAACCUUAACCAUAGGUCUGACUUUCCGGGAUUCUAGAUAACCGUCGCUAAUUUCUACUGUUGUAUAUUUGGUUUUAGACAUCACUUUUAUCUCGCAGGUACUUUAGGUUGCAUCAUGCGUGUGUGCCUUUUAUGUGCAUUGGUAUUAUGUUGCAUUAUGUGUUGAUUUUGGCUGCUUCCUCGCAGAUUAUAACAUA